CAGUAAUCUGCCUGGGAGCAGCAGAUAGAUUCUCAUUGUUUGCCGUUUCCAGUUUCCAGUAAUGGGAACGAUUACUUGAUCCAGCCAGUUUCUGUGGAAGAUCUGGGAUAACUUACAAAUUUUCAUGGCAAAUUUUUAUCGGUUUCCAUAAAGAGCCAACGGAAAAAAAAGACCAUAACGUGGUUUUGGUACCUGGAGGCAUCACCUCUGAUAAUGAAUAUUGUUUGAUUUUGGGGUUAAGUGUCUGUUCUUCAGGAACGAGAUGUAUCUUGCUCUUCUGGUGAUUUUCUUGCAGUUUUCAGAACUCUACACUCAGGAUAAAGUUUUUACUUUCAACACAGUUGAAAUCAAGGUUGAGCCAUCUGUCAAAGUGAGGAAUGGAGCUCCCAUGUCAAUUAUCUGCCACGCUGAUAUCAGCAAAAGUGCUGAUUUCCAGCUGAAGUAUAAUUUUACGAUUUUUAAGGACCACAAGCUCGUGUUUAUGACUGUGUCAGACACAGGAGAUGCACAGUAUGAAGUACCUGUGGCCAAAUCUUCAGACACAGGAGACUAUCAGUGUACUGUGAAAGCAGAUAAAAAGACAAGAUCGAGUGACCCCGUCCACGUUUGGGUAACAGGAAUGACCAAGCCAACCCUGACUGCUGACAAAAGAGAUGUUUUGGAGGGUGAAGUUGUGAAGUUACGUUGUGAGCUGCCUGAAGAAGACCCUCCUUUACAAUUCUGUUUCCGAAAGAUAAAGACGAAUUCAACGCCUAGAGAAACAUGUGUACCUGAAUCUUACACAAAUUUUUCUGUACUGGAGGUUUCUGUUGAAGAAGGAGAUAAUAUUUUACAAUUUGAUUGUUUUGGUAGGAGAAAUGUAAAACUUGAAUGGGAAGACUCAGCACACAGCAACAAAACCCUCGUUACAGUCAGGGAACCAUUUAUAAAGCCCACUCUGACCACCGUGCCCUCAAGUAAUAAUGUUACAGAAGGAGACCAAAUACAAUUUGAAUGCUCAACUGUAGUAGUUGAAAUGCGUGACAUUGAAAUCAUCCUCCAGAAAAACAAAUCAAUACUGAACAGUGUACAAGAUAAGAAACUUCUGAGAUACUCCACAGUAGCUACUCUAGAGGACAGUGGUGAAUACCUGUGUAAGGUGGAGCAAGGGGGAGCAUCUAAAACCACCAAACUGAAUGUUGUCGUGUCAGAGUUAUUUCCCAAGCCAACACUGGUUGCUUCUAUGACUAAGCUGGAUAAGAAUAAAGAAUUAAUUUUGAAUUGCAGCAUUAAUGGUUUUCAGACAGCUAACUUCUCUAUCAUACGGAAAAACGCCAAUGGAGACAUCCCACUGAAAAAUUCUCAAACCUUAAAAAUGAGAGUUAAUGUGAAUGAUACUGGAUCUUAUACCUGUAAAGCUGAAGUAAAAGGAAUAGUCAAGGAGAGCAAACCUGUAAGGAUAAAUGUUUAUGCUCCAGUCUCCAAGCCAACUCUUUCCGUUGCCGGCGGUUUGCCGGAGGUGGUGCUGGGGAAGCCUCUGCAGUUGAUCUGCCACUCAGUGAUGGGGACACCACCGAAAACCUUCAGGUUCUACAAAGGAGAUGAUGUUGAGAAAAUAGUCAUUAAUGACACAUAUGCUACGUUUUUGGAUGAAAAUAUUAGACUAAAUGACCAAAGAGGAUACAGAUGUGAUGCCAGAAAUAAUCACUCCAGUGGUGUGAAAACCAGCGAUAUCCUGAACGUCACAGUAAUAGUGCCAGUCAGGGAUGCCAGCUUGGGCAGUGUUCCAUAUGGAGAAGUGGAAGAUGGCAGUGAGAUUGCUUUUCUCUGCUCUGUGAAAGAAGGGUCUUUGCCAAUCCUGUUCAGGUUUUUUAAAAAAACUGAUAAUGAGGUUCUUCUGUUUGAAAAAAUUGAACAUAGAGACAGAGCCAUGUGGCACAAGGAAACAAUGAAGAGGCAGGACACGGGGACAUAUUAUUGCGUGGCCUCGAACCGAGCCAACGUGGAUGUGAGGAGCCAGCCCAUAACCAUCAGUGUCAUCUUGGCAGCUUGGAAGAAAGGAGUCGUUGCUGCAUUGGUCCUGAUAACCAUUGCAGGAGCGGGAGCACUUGCCUUAUGGUGGUUUUUGCGUAAGAAGAAAAAGGCUAAAGGACCAUCCAUGGAGAUGUCUGGUUCAGCCUUGGCUGCAAACUUGACAAGUGAAAAACUGGCAAGACAGCCCAAUGAUGGAGACUAUUAUUCAGGAUCAGGUUACAUUGAAGAUAGUGAAAAUCACAUGAAAUCAACAGAUGAGAGUAAAGGACCUGACCUUGAGAGUGCUGAGGUGGAGUACACUGAAGUUGAAGUAUCAACGCUUGAUCCUCACAGAGCUCCUGUACAGAAGGGGACUGAAACAGUUUAUAGUGAAAUCAGAAAAGCUAAUAAUGGUAUCUUUGCAAGAUCUUAUUUGGCCCUGAAAAUUGUAUCCUACACCGGAUUUCUGCAGUAUGUUAUUUUCCUGGCAAGGAACUGGAUUAGGAAGUAUAAUGCUCCUGAGAACUUGCCUCUUAAAGGAAGACUCUCUUGUCCAGUAACAGCUCGUACCCUCAGGAGAGACUUCUGCUCUAACCCAUAAUCAAAAAGCUGUCAAACAGAUUCUAUGGAAAACAGGCAUUCUAGAAUAUCAGGGCAUCCUGAUGCUACUUAGAACAGUCAUCUCAAAGAUCAGCUGGGAGAAGAAAACAAGCCAAGAUGGAAGAUGUUGCAAAUGUUUCAAAGGCUCUGCAGCAGUUAUUUAUGAGUUUGCCAGACUCUUCUUUUCAAAGUUUAUUUCCUUAGCGGGAACAAUAGAGAUGUUCCUAAAGCAUUUAAUGGAAAAAAUUGAGAAUAAAAAUUCUCAUAGGAAAGUGGCUCUAGAAACCACUGACCCAGGUUCUCAUUUUUAUUUUCUCCUGCUAAUGCAAUUUUGCCUUUUUUUUUGCCUCCAAUUCAUCAUUCUCUGAGGAAACAAAAGGGGAAGUUAGAGCUGAGGAAGCACAUUUCUACAGUGCAGUGACUACUGGGAUGCCAGUAGGACAUAGAAAUAUCUAAGCUUGCUUUGAACUUGCUACCUUGGUUAUCAGUGACACUUCUGUGGCAGAGCAGAGCUCAGCACAGCUUGGCCAGCCAUGGAUGUACUUUCUGAUCCUGCAGCUUGUGCUGAACUCCCUGUGCUGCAGCAGCUGGACUGCUACCAGGCUUGGAGCCAGCUCACUUAUAGCCCUGGGGAUGCUUCACUGCAGGGAGGGCCUGACAGAAGAGAGAACUCUGGGUGCUCGAAAAACUUAAAUAACUGUUGGGAGAUUCAGACUUUACCAAGUGCUUCUGUCAGGAGGGGCACAAAUAGUCUUUAUUCUUUGCUAAACUGCUUUUCCCCUUUAAAAGGUCUGGUGCUUGUUGGUUAGUUUGGUGUGAUGGUUCUUCAAGAAAUGAUUGUCCAUCACAGUUGUUUUGGAUGAUUCUAUGAUAGGUCUUCAGGGAGUGGAUAUACUGCACCCAGGUCAGUGAGUUUAUACCUGAAAAUCCUGUUAUGUAUAAUCCUUAUUCCUUUGAUUUUAGGAGCGAUCUGAAGUCAUACUUGUGCCCAGUUUCUCCAGUAUGGAACUCCAUACCUAACCUUUUUCUGUAUAGCAUGAUAAACCACUAACAUGGAUCCAGUCUGGACCUGGAUCUAAUCUCUGCAGCCCAUGUUUAUCUCAGCUGCAUUAGUUUAAAAAAAGAACAUAAAACAAACCAGAAAAAAUGCUGUCCCUAGCCCCGUAACCAGCUGGCCUUUGGCACUGCAAUUGCUCUCCUUUUCUUACUGCAGAUUAAAUUACUACAAGAUCUGGGCCACAGGUAAGAAAGUUCUCAUUUUCAUUAGAAAAUAGUGAAAGAGAGGCCGUGGAUUGUGUAUACAUACAUAGUUACUGCUAUAAGCAUUGCAUCAAGGGUGCAAAACAACCACAAAACACAAAAGGGUUUUAUAUCCUCAUUCCAAGUGUUUAAUUUUUCAAGCUCCAGUUACUGGCUAAUAUCUCUAAUUUAUUGUUCCCUGUGCAAAUGUUGUUUGUAUCACAAGCCUGUCACAACUGACUGACUUCACAGCUCUUUCUGUUGACAAAUGUUCCUUCAGCAUCCCACGAGUGUCCAUGCAAAUGCCUUAGUAUAAGGAAUGUGAAAAGGUAUUUUAAUAAAGAAAACUGAAUUGAA